AUGGAAAUGCCGACGUGUACGAGCACAAUGUUGCUGCUGCUGCUGCUGCUAAUCACAGUGUGCGGUCAGCCCCCGCUCACCAGCCGCAUUGUAGGGGGGCAGAAUGCCAUUGAGGGCGAUUGGCCCUGGAUGGUCAGCCUGCACAGGCGCGGGUCUCACUUCUGUGGGGCGUCGCUCAUCAACAAUCAGUGGCUGCUGACAGCCGCGCACUGCUUUGGCAGUUCCAAUGGUCCUGUGACGGCGUAUUUGGGUCGUCUGACCCAGUCGGGUCCCAAUCCUAAUGAGGUUUCCCGAAACGUUGACAUGACCAUCCUCCAUCCCAACUACAACCCGUCAACCUUCGACAACGACGUGGCGCUGUUGCGUCUUGCCUCCCCCGUCACCUUCAACAACUUCAUAAGGCCCGUCUGUCUGGCCGAUACUGCCAGCACCUUCUUCACCGGAACCGACAGCUGGGUCACCGGAUGGGGCCGCAUCACAGAGGGAGGUGCUCUGCCAAAUGAUUUGAUGGAGGUUGAGGUUCCCGUGAUAGGAAACCGCCAAUGCAAUUGCGACUAUAACCCCUCUUCCCAAAUCACCGAGAACAUGAUUUGUGCUGGCCUGAGAAAUGGAGGAAAAGACGCCUGCCAGGGUGAUUCUGGCGGUCCUAUGGUGAGCAGACAAGGAACCGUGUGGGUCCAGAGCGGGGUGGUAAGCUUCGGGGAAGGUUGCGCCCGGCCAGAGCGGCCGGGAGUCUAUGCGCGAGUGUCACAGUACCAGGCCUGGAUUAGCAACGAAUUGGGAAACACCAACUUGCCAGGCUUUGUCACCUUCACGUCCCCGGGCACCGACCCGGACCUGGGACCCGUGACAUGCAACGACCAGUCAGUCACCAGUGGGACCGCGCCGCCGCCGCCGCCAUCGCCAUCGCCGUCGCCGCCCAGUGUUACUGACGAACUGCAAUCAUCUGUGACCUGCGGGAACGCUCCUUUAAACACGCGCCUGUCAGGCCCUGGGGUGGGGUCGGCUCCAGCGGGUUUUUGGCCCUGGAUGGCCAGUCUGCACUUCAACGGAAGUCACCGAUGCGGUGGCACUCUAGUGGAUCAGGACGUCGUCCUUACCAGCGCGCAGUGUGUAAGCGGGUCCAGCAGUGCGUCUGACUGGACCGUCUUCUUGGGUCGCCUGAGGCAGAUUGGCUCCAACAGUGAAGAGGUAGAAGUGAAUGUGACCAGAAUCAUUACCAGCAGGCAGCCCGGUCAAAACGUGGCGCUUCUGACGCUAGCCUCGCCAGUGCCGCUGUCGAACUUCAUCCAGCCCAUCUGCAUUGAGAGUGUGGUGACCUUCGACACUGGGUCUUCCUGCUGGGCCGCCGGAUGGAGCGCGGAGCGAGGAGGGGAGGAGCAGAUCUUGCAGGAGAUCCAGACAGAGAUUGUGGACUGUGUUAACAUUUCAUCUACCGGCAACAUUUGUACGGAACCUGUAGCACUAGACCAGAGUGCUACCUUAUCUGGCCCACCGAAUAUUGAGUUCUAUGAUUAG